CAUCCGUGUAUGUGUGUGUUGUAAUACUAAUAAAUAUUUCUGAUUUAAAGAAACUUACUUAUCAUCAGUCGAAAGCGCAGCAUAUUCACAAAAAUGGCACUGGUCUAUACGAGACUUCUUUGUCGGCGUAAUGUCGACCUUCGAUAUUUUCGGAGUCUAUAUACGUGCAGUCCUCUUAGCGUUGCCGUUUCGAAUCCUUCACAUGCAAUUUGUGAAACUCACGAUGAGAAGAAUAUGCGUCUAAAAAGACCAAUGUCACCACACUUGACAAUUUAUGAACUUCAAUUGACAUCAUUACUUUCACUGACGCAUAGAACUACUGGCAUUAUACUAUCCAGUUAUGCAAUGUUCCUCGGUUUAGGCACAUUAUUUAUACCUGGUGGUAUUCCAUGCUUCAUAGAAACAGUGGAUGAUUUAUGUUUACCAUUACCUGCACUGUUUGUUGGCAAAAUGUUACUUGCUCUGCCUUUUACUUAUCACACAUUCAAUGGAAUACGCCAUUUGGCUUGGGAUUUUGGAUUAUUUCUAACAAUUAAGGAAGUAUAUAGCACUGGAUAUAUAGUAUCUGCAUUAACAGUUAUUUCUGCACUUGCACUUGCAGCAAUGUAAAUGUCAUUCUUUACAUUAGAAAUAAUUUUUCUCUAAAAUUAACUGUAUUGACAGACUAUACAUUAAAUCUAUAUGUCUGUAUUAUUGAGUUAUAUAUUAUCUAAAUAAUAAAAUAAAUUAUUAAAACUAA